AUGGCGUCAGAAGAGAGCUUGAUGAUCAAUUCUUCUUCCAUACUAGACGACGAGUACGACGACUCAGAUGACGGGUUUCAUAAUUUUCAUUACCAGACCAGGCAAAGCAGUCUGUCCAGGUUAUCUGUCUGCACGAGCUCCUUUCACGACGACGGCGAGGAUAGUUUCACGAAUUUGAUCUCUGAGCUGCCAUUAGAGAGCUCCGACGACGACGACGGAGCCGAGGCGGACGGGGAACUCUCCGACGACGGUGAUGAAUCCGAUUCCGAGAAGGAACCAUCCGGAUUUUACUCUCUCCCGACGAUCAUGUCUCGCCGGAGAAGGAAACUCACUGUUCCCGGCGGUUCGGAAGCUAGCGAAGAGAACGAAAUGAAAAUCGAUGGCAGUAAGUGUAAUUUAGUCAAGCAGAGAAGGGUAUUAAGGGAAAAGAGUAAAAGAGGGAUCCGAUACAGUCACGGGUUUAACGGUGUGGAGAGAGACAGUGACGGAGACGGAAACCGUAACGGCAGGGGAGGAGGAGAAUUGACGGUGUUAACGAAGGUGAAAGGAGGAAAGAAAUCGAUGAAGAUGGGGUUUGAGGAAGUGAAGGCUUGUAGAGAUCUCGGGUUCGAUUUGGAAAUUCCGGGUCGGAUUUCGGUAUCCGCCGGGUCAAACCGGGAGACUCAAACUCAGACUAGUAGUGGCGGCAACUCACCGAUUGCCAGCUGGCGUAUCUCAAGUCCUGGGGAUGAUCCGAAGGAUGUUAAGGCGAGAUUAAAGAUGUGGGCACAAGCUGUAGCUUUAGCUUCUGCAUCACGUUAA